AUGGGCACGGACACGUGGCAUGAUAGCGGUAGCCGCGACCGCUAUCGCGACUCCUCCCACUCGCACUCUCACGACGACUACCAUCGCGACUCGCGUUCGCACCACGGGGAAGGUCGUUGCGACAACCACUGGACGGCGAGCCGCGACGAUGACUGGGAGGAGCUUGAGGAUAAGAACGACCCGGAGCUGCAGGGGCUAGAGUACUCGGAGUUUCGGUGCAAGAAGCGCGAGAAGAUGCGCCGCCUGCACCGCCGCCUGCUCUGGCGCAUCACUCCCAGCCCGCCCCGGGAUCGCCCGCCGAUUCCUGCGCCGCCGGCGGAAGCGAACGGGCAUGCGAAGGGCGGCAGCAGGAGCGAAUCGGAGGACGACGAGAGGGAUAAAAGUGAUGGUGAACGGAGGAGUGGGGAUGCGGGGAAGGAGAGGGAGCAGGACGGAUUGACAAACGGGGAUGUGCAUGCGGUCGGGGAACGAGAUAAGAAGGACGAAGUGGGGGAUGCAAAGGGAGGCGGCGGCGAAAGUAAGGAGGACAAGGGUGCUAAGCAGGGGGCGAGCGGCGGAGUGAAAGAGGCGUUGGAGAACGGGAAGGAAAGCGGAGAGGGCGGUUCGUCGGACGAUGAACGGCUCGCGAAAAAGAGGAAGGAGAAGCAGGAUGGAGUCGGCGUGAAAGGCAAGGGCAAGGGUCGGAAGCGGUCGGAGGACAGUGAUAGCAGCGAUGGGGAGAGUGAUGAGGAGAGUGACGAUGAGAGUAGCGAUUCGGAAGUGGACAGGCGGAAGAAAAAAGGGAAGGGGAAGAAGCGGAAAAGUAGCAGCAAGAAGUCAAAGCGAGGGAAGAAACGGAGUAAGGAGAGCAAGAAGAAGCGGAAAGGGCGGGGCAGCAGCAAGGGCAGCAGGCGACGACGUCGCAGCCGUCAUGAUUCGUCGUCGGACGAAUCCGAUUCUGAAUCCGAGGACGAAGAGAGCGAGAGCGGCUCGAGCGAGGACGAGUCGUCCAGCGACGCGGGCGACGAGAGCGACGGAGGGGCCAAGAAGCGCGCAAGGAAAGCGGGCAAAGCCGGGAAGAAGAGCGGAAGCGAGAAAGGCGAGGAGGAAGAGGAGGACGACGAGGAAGGGGGAGGUGGCGAGGACGAUGAGGAGAUGGACCCUGAAGUGCUCCUGUUCAAGCAGUAUGUGGAAGAGCAGAAGCGCGCACAGCUCGCCGCCAUGGAAGCCGAGCCAUUUGUCGGUCCAGCGCCCGCGGCCAAAGCGGAGGGGCACAUUAGUUACGGAGGGGCGCUGCGUCCUGGAGAAGGAGAUGCCAUUGCGCAGUACGUGCAGCAAGGGAAGCGUAUUCCCCGUCGUGGUGAGGUGGGUCUGUCGGCGGACGAGAUUUCCAAGUUUGAAGAGCUCGGUGCGGAGGAUAAGAGGGCGCUGGCGAUGUUUAACUAUGAGGAGAAGGCGAAGAGGGAGCACAAGGUGAUGUCGGACCUGCAGCGGCUAGUGCAGAGGCACAUGGCGGCGCAGGAUGGGCCCAAAGAGGGAGGUGGUGGUGGUGCUGGUGGUGGUGGGGAGGAUGCGGAUGCAGAGUGA